AGUUGUAGUUUCUUCUUACAUAGACACGUAGUAUUGGAACAUUUGGUCGUAUUUGGUCCUAAUUUUUGUUUCGUUUUUAUAGUUUUUUUCCAUCCGGCUGUCUGGUAUCUUCGAAUUAAUCUUGGGAUAUGAAAUAUCUUGGCCGUCUUUUGGUUUCCUAACUCAAUUCAACUUCUUUCGAUUUUCUUUUACUUCUGUUACUCAAACUAAGUUUCUCGUUUCAUUAAUCCAUGCGUCCAGAUUUUGCGUUGAUGACUUACGAUUUCCCCCCCAAUAUGUGGCCCUCUAUUUCUAAUUCGACGAUUAGUGGAGUCCUAUACCGCAAAUCUAUAAGCAAGGAAUUCUGUGGGAAUUUUUUUUUUGUUUUUGGUUUUGCUUGAAUGAUUAUACCCAUAAAUUUGGGGAUUGGAAUAGAUCGAAAGAUGUGUUCUUAUAGGUAGGUGUACGUAUUACAUGUUCGAUUUCCCACUAUGGACGUAAAUUACAAAUAUAGAAACAUGCUCAAUCGCAUAAUUUUUUGGCACCUAUGUCGGAACUUAAUGAUUAGGGAAAUUGAAGAGCGAGUCCCUGAGAAUCAAAAUGAACGUUUGAUCAUUAAUUUCAAUGAACGAGUAGAGAUAGUUAUUCGAGGGAUUGAGUAUGAUUAGGCGUCUAGGGGGGUGACAGAUUAUUAGAAGGAUCACUAAUUCGAGAAAGUAGAUCCUUAUUUGGAAAUCUGGGGUCUAAUAUUCAGACCCAAUUUACCGCAACCUAAAUAGAUAUUGUCUAUCUUCACUUUCGAAGUGUUGAAUGGUGUCCAUCGCAUUGCAUCGUAAUAACUCCAUAGAUUAGUACCGAGAUAGCCCUGCUAUGAAUUUAUUAUUGCCUGACGUACUUAUUGAAUGAAAUUAUGUUGUUUUUUCCUAAAUUAACAAUUCUCUCUCUCUCUCUCUAAUAAUUCAAGUGUAUUUAUGGCUCUCAUUUUCUUUUCCCGAAGUCCAAUUCAUUGUAGUUGAUAGCUGAUUAUCAGGUUGGUCGUAGAUAUCAUCAAGGACGCAGGACUGUCACUAGGAAAUUGUUGAAUUAUAGUGUUUUCAGCGUUGGUUGAUGGGGACAGGAGAAGAGGGCACGCCUUCUAAAACUUCUAAACCUCCCUCUUCAUCUCAGGAAAUACCCCCGACACCUUCAUAUCCUGAUUGGUCAAGCUCAAUGCAGGCUUAUUAUGGUGCUGGUGCUACUCCACCUCCCUUUUUUGCAUCUACUGUUGCUUCUCCAACUCCCCACCCUUACCUCUGGGGAAGUCAGCAUCCUUUGAUGCCACCUUAUGGGACUCCAGUACCUUAUCCAGCAAUAUAUCCUCCUGGGGGAGUUUAUGCCCAUCCUAAUAUGACCGUGACUCCUGGCUCUGCACCAAUCAACGCAGAAUAUGAAGGAAAAUCUCCUAAUGGAAAAGAAAGGGCCUCAAAAAAAUCCAAGGGCACGUCUGGAAAUGCCGGUUCAGGUGGUGCUAGGACUGGGGAAAGUGGAAAGGGGGCUUCAAGUUCUGGAAAUGAUGGUGCUUCUCAAAGUGCUGAAAGUGGUACGGAGGGCUCAUCAGAAGGUAGUGAUGAGAAUGCUAACCAACAGGAAUUUUCUGCAAAUAAGAAGGGAAGCUUCAACCAGAUGCUAGCAGAUGGAGCCAACGCACAAAACAAAACGGGUGGACCAAAUGCUAAAUCUUCAGUGACUGGGAAACCCGUUACCUCCAUUCCUGCAACCAAUCUGAACAUGGGAAUGGAUUUGUGGAAUGCCACCACUGCUGCCGCUGGGGCUGCAAAAGGGAGACCAAACGCUGUAUCCUCAGCUAUGGUUCCAGCAGCAAUGGUUGGUCGUGAUGGUGUGAUGUCCGAACAAUGGGUUCAAGAUGAACGUGAGCUAAAAAGACAGAAAAGGAAACAAUCUAACCGAGAGUCUGCCAGACGGUCAAGAUUACGUAAGCAGGCGGAGUGCGAAGAAUUACAAGCGAGAGUGCAGACAUUGAACAACGAGAAUCGCAGUCUAAGGGAUGAGCUACAGAGGCUGUCCGAGGAAUGUGAGAAGCUAACUUCAGAGAAUAGUUCCAUCAAGGAAGAAUUGACACGAUUUUGUGGAGCGGAGGCAUUAGCUAACUUUGAAAAGGGAACAACUCCACCGGCUACCCAGUCUCGGGGCAGCGAGGGUAACAACUGAAGACAGCCAUUCACAAUUCACACCAUUUAUGAAAGAGCUGUGAUUCUGGCCUGGGAAGAGGGAACCAUAUUAACUCAGAUUUAUUAUCUUGUUGUAGGAGUAUAGAAAUUUAUUUUUCUGACUAAUCUAUACGCUUGACCCUGUUUCAACUGUAACAUUAUAAAAGAAAUUUUCACUCACUACUUGAUCACAAAUACUGUAGGAGAUUACAAAUACUUCUAAAAAAAUUCCCACUUGCAAUAGUUGGAAUUGACUGCUGUAGUUCAUUUCUGAGUCAAA